AUGUGUGUUGUCAAUGCUUGGCUCUUGUAUCGGAGGCACUGUAGGCAACUUAAGAUAAAAAAGACCACAAGUUUAUUGAAAUUUAAAUCAGAAAUAGCAGAUGCUUUAUUGCAAGCUGGUAAAUAUAAAUUGAAUAAAAGAGGAAGACCAUCAUUGUCAACUACACCACCAACUAAAAAAAGAUUAUUUGCUCCAAGGCCAGUAGAUGAUGUUAAGUUUGAUGAAGUAGCUCAUUGGCCUCUUUCAGUUACAAAAAAAGCAACGAUGCAAGCACUGUAUAAAAAGUUAUACUACAAACACAUGCAGGAAGUGUAA